UGCUGUCAUAUCUGUUAUUCUGCGUCAGUUAGCAAAGCACCUCGACCAACGUUACCUCGGGUUUUCCUCCUUUAUCCGGCGAUGGCAACACUUGUGGCAAACAGGGCGAUGGACGUCAACGGCUUGGCAGCUGCUGCGAGGACACACAGUCAGGCUGUGUCAAGAAAUUACAUCUCUCAGCCCAGGCUAACUUACUCCACUGUGUCAGGUGUAAAUGGACCGCUUGUCAUCCUGGAUAAUGUGAAGUUCCCAAGAUACGCAGAGAUUGUUCACCUGACCCUGCCAGACGGCACCAAGAGGAGUGGGCAGGUCCUGGAGGUGAUCGGAACCAAGGCAGUUGUCCAGGUGUUUGAGGGAACAUCAGGCAUUGAUGCCAAGAAGACGGCCUGCGAGUUCACUGGUGAUAUCCUGCGGACCCCAGUGUCAGAGGACAUGCUGGGGCGUGUGUUCAACGGCUCAGGAAAACCCAUUGACCGUGGGCCCAGUGUUCUGGCUGAGGACUACUUGGAUAUUAUGGGUCAGCCCAUCAAUCCUCAGUGCCGUAUCUACCCCGAGGAGAUGAUCCAGACCGGCAUCUCCGCCAUUGAUGGCAUGAACAGCAUCGCUAGAGGACAGAAGAUCCCAAUUUUCUCAGCUGCUGGGCUGCCACACAAUGAGAUUGCUGCUCAGAUCUGUCGCCAGGCUGGCCUGGUGCAGAAAUCCAAGGAUGUGAUGGACUAUAGUGCUGAGAACUUUGCCAUUGUCUUUGCAGCCAUGGGGGUCAACAUGGAGACCGCUCGCUUCUUCAAGUCUGACUUUGAGGAGAACGGCUCUAUGGACAACGUCUGCCUGUUCCUGAACCUGGCCAACGACCCCACCAUCGAGCGUAUCAUCACCCCGCGCUUGGCCCUGACUACAGCCGAGUACCUGGCCUACCAGUGUGAGAAGCACGUCCUGGUCAUCCUGACUGACAUGAGCUCGUACGCUGAGGCUCUGAGAGAGGUCUCUGCUGCCCGAGAAGAGGUGCCUGGCCGUCGAGGCUUUCCUGGCUACAUGUACACUGAUCUGGCCACCAUCUACGAGCGUGCUGGCCGUGUGGAGGGCAGAAACGGCUCCAUCACUCAGAUCCCCAUCCUCACCAUGCCCAAUGAUGACAUCACCCAUCCCAUCCCUGAUCUGACUGGAUACAUCACAGAGGGUCAGGUCUACGUUGACAGACAGCUACACAACAGACAGAUCUACCCACCCAUCAACGUGUUGCCCUCACUGUCUCGUCUGAUGAAGUCGGCCAUCGGCGAGGGGAUGACCAGGAAGGACCACGCUGAUGUCUCCAACCAGCUGUAUGCCUGUUACGCCAUUGGUAAGGACGUCCAGGCCAUGAAGGCUGUGGUGGGAGAGGAGGCCCUCACCUCUGAUGAUCUGCUCUACCUCGAGUUCCUGCAGAAGUUUGAGAAGAACUUCAUCGCUCAAGGCCCCUACGACAACAGGACGGUAUAUGAGACCCUGGACAUCGGCUGGCAGCUGCUGAGAAUCUUCCCCAAGGAGAUGCUGAAGAGGAUUCCUCAGAGCACGCUGGCCGAGUUUUACCCCAGGGAGUCUGCCGUCCGUCACUAAGGCACACCAAGGGAUGUUCUUGUUCUAGCUCCACACACCAUCCUACCCACCUUCCUCCUCCCCCUUUAUUCCCUUCUUUCAUCUCAUUUUGCAGCCCUUCACUUCCUGGUGCUCAGAGCCUGAUGGUGUUGAACCAGUACCCAUCUCAAACUUCAUCUUCUCUCUCUCCACUGGUCUUUUUACCUCCACUUCUUCUCUUUCCUGUGAAUCAACUCACCCCAACGCCAUCCCCCACUUCUUCCCUUUCCUGAACGAGAACAGGGCAAUAACCCCCCUCUAUAGAUGUACUGUAGUGUAUCUGUGUCCAGAAGUUGUGUAUGGGAAGUGUCUAUGGAUUUAAUAUCUACCCUUGAUCAAAAAAACAUGAACAUAUCCUUAAAAUGAUAGAUCAGUCUCUAUUUAUUGGGAUGUUACUGCUGAAUAUCCCCUUAUUAUUUUUUUUUUUUUUAAUUUUAUUUUUUUUUUACAAUAAAUGAUAUGUAAUAUCCACCCCCACUGAAAAGGGAGGUUUCCAUCAGAAGAAAGAUGUUUCUAUAUGGAUGUUGACAAAAUAAUAAAUGCCCUAAAAUCCUGUCAGUACAUGACAGUGAUUUUACAGUCUGGGAUUUCUCUUACUUUGUCCACUUCCUGUUUAUUGUUUCAUAAAGAAAACUGCUGUAUUUUGUGGCGUCAGGUUUGCUGUUAAUUAAAUCAGAUAGACUCUGGCCACAGGCAGCGUUCACAUGUUUGUCUAUUGCCUCCAGUACUUUGACUCUUUCUUCCCUCUUGCUUCCUCUACCUUGCUCUUGAGAGAAUACAGUGGAUGUUAAGAUUAUUCGUGUUAAAUUGUUUGAUUUGUAUUUAGUUGUGAUUUGUAUUAUAAAAAAGAGGAUACAAAAGUAUGCUAAACAUUCCCGUCUGUCUGCAGAAACUAAUUCUUUGUUGUGCAACCAUAAUGGUUUUGUGAGUUUGUGUCCAUGAAUAAAUUAAAUUAUGAGAAA